UCAGUAUCAGAUAUUUGCUAGACUUGGUUUUGAAAGUUUUAGUGUUUUCUUUGUGUGUCUUGCUCAUUAAUCAUUAAGUUUUAGUGUUUUCUUUGUGUUUUCUAGAUUUGUUUCCUGCUUUAAAUUUGACCCCCCUCUAAAUCUUACGCUUAAUUUAGCAGUGACUAUAUGUACCUCCUCACAAUCUUUUAUCAUUCGAUGCUUUGUGUAUUUGUUUGAUGUUAAUUCUAUCAUUCUUAAAUUAGGUCUUAUAUUUGUUUCUCCUUUGUUCUAGCUGAUUGGAUUUGUUAUUGAUCAGGGCCUAGCUGCCUUAAUUGAAUUUGUGUUCUUGUGGUUUAAUUGGCAACCUAUAAAGUGAAAGAUUCUUAAUAAGGUUUUAGAUCUUCAACUCUUGCUGCUAGCUACUUUACUUUGAAAAAAGAAGAGAAAUUAUCAUUUGAAAGAGAUAUGCCAAAGCAAAAGAAGUACAAGAAUUUACUUAAAGCAGCAGCUGCCAAUUCUUCACAAGACAAGUCAGUAGCAUCAAAUGCAUCACAAGUCAAGUCGGCAGCAGCUGCAAAUUCCUCCCGAGACAAGUCGACAGCAGCUGCAAAUUCCUCCCGGGACAAGUCAGCAGCUUCAAAUUCCUCCCGGGACAAGUCAGCAGCUUCAAAUUCCUCCCGAGAUAAGUCGACAGCAGUUGCAAGCUCCUCCCGAGACAAGUCGGCAGCUUCAAAUUCUUCUGAGCUAUCAUCAGUUGCUCCAACUAUAUCUGAGCAUCCAUCCGAACCUAAACGUAAACGUGGGCAUGAAUCUAAGCAUUACUGGACUGUUGAUGCCAUAGAUGAAUAUGAAAAUAGUACACGCCUUCAUUUAUUAGUGAAUGAUGUGCAUAAUUUGCCAGAAGGUUUGCGCAUAGUUGUCAAUUUUGAUAGACAACACGCAGCAAUAGGAGAAGCAGCCGGACUCUGGUUGGUCAGACAUUCCAGAGAGCUUUUUGAAAAUCAAUGGAAUAUUUUUUUCCAAGCUCGAUUUUGCUUCAAAGUAUGUGAUAGCUUGGCCAAACGAUUUCUUCUCCAAUCGCUUGGCAAAAAAUGGAGGGAACAUAGGAUAAAGCUUUGGAAUGAGUUUUAUGAUCCGAGGUUGAGUAAAACCGAGAUCAUAAAUAAUACACCAGAAGAUAUUGCUCUUGAUCAAUGGGCUUUAUUCGUAGAAUAUCGUUUGAAGCCUGAAACUCAGAAUCUUUGUAAGAGGAAUCAAGAAAUUCGGCAAAAAGAAAUAAUUCCUCAUACUUCAGGUGCUAAAUCAAUUGCAAGAAGAAGGGCUGAAUUGACGGAAGAGACGGAAAAAGAAGUUAGUAAGGUUCAAAUGUGGGACAUCACUCACAAGAAAAUAGAUGGAAGUUAUGUUAAUGAAAAGGUUAAAGAAAUAGCGGAGAAGAUUGAAGCAUAUAGCAGUCAACAAGCGGUAGAAUCAACCGUUAAUUCUCCUCUUGAUGCUCUUGGAGUAGUUCUUGGGAAAGAGCACCCUGGUCGUGUUCGAGGUUUAGGCAUGGGAGCUGUUCCAACUGUUGCUUUCAAGAACAACACCACAAGAAUUAGUCAGAUGAACUUAGGUUCUUCAAAUGAUGCUAGCACAUCAUCUACUUGUGGUCCCAAUGUGCAAAAAGAGCUGGAUACUGUUAAAGCGCAGUUUCAAGCAUUAGUCUGUUAUAUUGCUUUUAAGAUAAUAUAUAAUUUGGAGGGUAGCUACAUGGAUAUUUAUUUGACAAAAUAGAGAGAGAUCGAUGGUUGAAAUAGUUAAAUUAGUGGAUUGGAUCAAGAGAGUGAGAUUCCAUCACCAAGAGAGUUAGGAAGUAGGUCUUCUGGAGCAAGCAACAAAGAAGCAUGAUCUUGUAUGAUAAAGAUUUUAUGUAUUAAGUAUUAUAGAUAUAUGUUAAGACAAAUUAUUGAAAAAUGUUAUCUUUGAUACUUUGUUUUUGGAUUAUGAUUUUUUAUUUUCGGAGAUUGUGUAUGAAUUAAAAAUCUUGUUAUGAUGUUUGAUUUAAGGUUAUGCUUUUUGGUUAU